AUGAGUAUAGACGCUAAGCAAGCAUUAAAUGAACACGAAGUUUCACUCGAGUUAGAAAAAAAAGGAAGAGAAACUGAGGCAUCGUCUCCAGUAUCUUUUCAUACUCCUCAAAGUAUCGUAUCACCGACUAGAUGUACAGUUAAAACUGCAGCUUAUAUGGAAUGUCAAGACGACAUGUUAGAUAUUAUUGAUAUGUUUUGUCGAUGGACGCACUGGUUGACUGUUGUCAUAAGAGAAACGGAGUCGUUUCAACAACCAACUAGCUCUAACGUCUCCGAACAUAGUAUGAGGUGGAGACUUUUUAAGGAGAAAGUUGAAGAAUAUUCGGAAGACUGGAAAAAAUAUAACGUGCAUUUAAAAGCAUGCUGGGAACAAAAGUACCAGAGAUUAAUUGCAGACUGGCUCCCAGGCUGGAGUAGCUCAGAGCCGGUUUGGGUGGUGAGUGCAUGUGGUGCGGUACCCGGAGGCGCCGUAGCCGCCGGCAUCUACGAGGGCGAGGUCACGUGGGUAGCGAGAACCACACACAGGUGUAACGUCGUACCCGCUGCCCUGCUGCCCUCGAAACAUUGUUGCAUUGUGUACAGUGACGGCGGAGUUCACCAAUAUACCAAAUACCAGGUGAUGUGUAACGCGCAGGUGUCGUGGCUGGCGUGCCGCGCGGGCGCGGGCGGCGCGUGCGGCGCGGGGCGCGUGCGUGCGGUGCGCGCGGCGCGCGGCGUGCACGUGGGCCGCGUGCUGUACCGCGGCUCGCACCUCGUGGGCGCCGUGCACGCGCCGCACUACCGCUGUCACGUCGUCAUAUUCGAUCGCCCUUUCGCCUUCGACUGCUACGAGCUGCUCGUGCUCUCGGAUGAUGUCCGAUCGCCGUCCUAAUGUCACGCGAACGUAUAAGUAAGAAGGCCUCUGCGAUUUAUGUCUGUUCAAUAAACUGGAUGAAGAAUGACUCAAAUUUUCAGAAUUUUGCCUAACGCAGAAUUGUUACAAUUUGAAUUUGAGCAAAGUGGCAAAAAUGUU